UCACCAAAUAUCUAUUAAAGUAAUAUUUCUAUAGCAACAAGUAUGACGCGCGCUUCUCCACUCGUAACAGCUCCAUCUGUUCCGUGCGUCCCCGCCUGAAGCUGCGUUCCCCCUUUUUGCCUUUUACAUCCGAGGUGGAGCCUGAUAACCGCGAUUUUUUUUUUCCAGAACUGAACUGUGGGCAGACGAACACGACUGGACCGGGACCAGCAGUGGGUGGCACAGAUCCGGGACGCAGCAGAUCGGACGGGAUCCAUAAAGGCUGCAGCUGCAGGGAAGGUUUUUGGAGAGCGCUCGGUUCGGUUGAAGAAUCAAACCUGCGCCCGGCGGAGCCUCAAAGAUGAAUUCUUUCAUCCUGCUGUCGCUUUUUGCCUCGAUUAUCGCAGGAAAGUCACCUCGGCUGAAAUUUGUCGUGCGCGAUCCGGUCAGGUUUCACUUCACCAAACCUGAGAAUUACAUCAGUAUGUACCACCAGGAAGGGAGCGACACAGUAUACGUGGGCGGACAGGCAAUGAUCUACCUGCUGACAUUCACCGACAGAGGUGUUCGCAACCUGCAGAUCCCUGCAGUAUCUGACGAGACUGCAAAGGCCACCUGCAUGGCAAAGGCUGCACCACCCAAGUUGGAGUGUGAUAAUUUCAUCACCGUCAUUCAAAAAGUUAACGACACGUUCCUUGUAUGCGGGACAAACGCUGGAAGCCCCAGAUGUUGGAUGCUGGCAAAUGAAACUGUGCUGACUGACGUUCAGGGCGGAGGGCAGAUAGCAUCGGCCUCAGAUAUCUCACCAGCCUAUCCUUCCCAGAAAUCCAUCAGCUUGAUUGCAGAUGGGAGUCUGUAUUCUGCUAUGUCGUCGGUUGGAGGUCAUCCCGGCUCGAUCCGGCGUACAUUUGGCACCCAGAAACUACUGAAGACGGAGAACGUUUGGCUGCUGAAUCCCCAGUUUGCCGGUGCCGCCAUAAUCCCUUCCUCACAAAAGUUCAAAGAGGAGGUCUACUUCUUCUUCAGCGAGAUCAAUAAGACUGCCAGAGUGGACGAGGAGCCAUACAGAGCCCGCAUCGGUCGAGUCUGCGCGGUGGAUGAAGGCGGCAUUAAACCCUUGCUACCAGACUCAUGGACGACCUUCAUGAAGGCUCGGGUGAUGUGUGGUGCAGGCAGCACUCAGCAGCAGUACAACAACUUGAAGCAGGCCGUUGUAUUGACUGCGCAAGACAAACGAGAUGGCGUCCUGUAUGGCCUGUUCUCCAACGCAUGGGGCAGAACGGUGAUCUGUGCCUACUCCAUUGAAGAUAUUGACCAGGCCUUCUCCACAUCCAAGCUAAAGGGCUACAGCAGUCCAUUCAUCGGCAGUCGCCCGGGCAUGUGUGUCUUCAAAAACUCAACAACUGGGGGGCACAAUGACAUGAAAAACUUGGGGGUGAUGAGGUACCACCCAGAAAUUGAGGAUGUGAUCCGACCCGUGGGUGUGGCUCCGCUCGACCUUCCCACAGAUGACCAGAUCACACACACCGCGGCAGACAUCGUCCUGGCUGUCAACGACGAGCACUACAGCGUCCUGUACCUGGGAACAGAACAAGGCAAAGUCCUCAAAGUUCUGCACACCAAUGCAGAAGUCUUCAUCAUAUCACAGUAUUCUGUGUUUCACAAUGAGGGUCCAGUUCUAAACAUGGCCAUCGACACUCAAAAGGGGCACCUCUAUAUUGGCACAGCGAUGGAGGUCCAGCGGCUGCCGCUUGCUGAUUGCAGUCGCUAUGGUGACACAUGCAGAGACUGCAUCCUUUCCCGAGACCCGUACUGCAGCUGGGACAGAGUCAGCAGGAAGUGCAUCGCCAUCCCACCUGGAUACAACAUCACCACUGGGGCACUUAUUCAGAAUCUGGACUAUUCCAAUUCCUCAGUCUGUGGGGAGGCUGCUGCUCUGAAGCAGCGUAAAACAUCCCCUAGAGAAGUCGUGGUCCAGUCCAACACCACGGUUUUCCUCCCCUGCCCUGUGCGCUCCUUCCACGCCACCUACCGCUGGGAAAAAGACAACUGCUUCAAGAACUACCCAUGCCUGUUCUCCGGAGACUUCUGUGUGCUGGGGCCAGUUGUCGAUGUGCCCCUGAAGGAAGGCGUCUUCCGCUGCAUGGCCACAGAGGACGGAUUCAAGGUGGAGGUUAUUGCCUUCAGGCUGGUGAAUGAUGGCAGGCUUCUGGCCGCCUCUAUGGCCUCCACUGUGGGGCUGUCGCUCCUGCUUGCCGCUGCUACACUGUGGCUCCAUUAACUGCAGAUAAUGCUAAUGCUAACGCCUCAUCCUUACCGGCUGCCGCUGACAGCUAAGACCAGGAGCCGUUUUAAGAGGUUAGGUUCGCAAAGCCUGGAAUCCAUGGUUGGGUGGUGUCAUGACAUUUGGCCUAACUCUACAUCACUUUUCAAAAUCAGACAAAAUUUAGAGGAAAGUGUCCAAAACAUUCUUUUGAAUGAUGAAUGAAAUUGAUCAUGCACGAGUUUCGUGAAUGAUUAGAAACACAACCUGAAAGUAUUUGUCACCUCUACC